AUGUCAGACUCGGGUGAGUCACGGUCUGCUGGAUUAUCCCUACGGGUCCUGCAAGCCCAAAUCACGUACGACCUGGCUGUUGGUUUUGUCACGCCCUUGUACAAACCACGAUACACAUCCGAUAUCGCCCGCCUAACGUCCGAUACGGUAGCAAAAAGUCAUGUGCUGACACCCACACACACACAAACGUCCUACAAAUUGCAUGCCAGCACAGCAACACGACACAACUCCCAACAGAGCUUCGCACGUCGCCCAGCUCGGACCAGAGCCGCUCAGGAUUUUUACGGCAUUCCACUCACGGAUAUCCAGGACUACAACAGUGGAAAACCCUUGGGUCUUUGUCCACUCAGUGUGUCAGGAGUGAUAACACAUGAUGGUAAUCGUUCAGCUGUAACACCCUUUCGGCGUCUAGUUGCCAUACCACCCGGAGGAAGCCCGAGGGCUAGGAUACUGCCAAGCUGCCCAAGUCUAGACAGGAGCAGACAAGGUGCUGAGAGUGGGUUCGAGACACGGACCUUCCGUUCACAACCACUGAAUGCCCGGAAUCUACGGAGACUCUCAGCUCCGCUGGGUGUUGACCAGACAGACAACGCCUCCUCAAUAUGCAGCGCGUCACAGCCUUGCAUCAAACCCAGACAGCGCGAGUCAGCGUUGAUCAAGGACAGACAACGCCUCCGCAAUAUGCAGCACGUCGCUGCCUCGUACUAG